AUGCAGGAAAAUAUGCAGGAAGAAAUCGAGAUGAAGAGCGGCAGCGCUGUGCGAACUGGACCUGUAGGCAGUGGGAAUAAUGCCUACGAAGGAGCAACAUUUCGCCAGAAACAACAAUUAGAGAGAUAUUUGAACUUUUUUUCUUCGAUUGCAUUUUCUGCUACUCUGCUUGCAACAUGGGAGUCUGCCGGUGGCAGUUUGCUCGCGGGGCUCUACAAUGGUGGUCCUGCCGUGAUUGUUUAUGGUAUUCUUGUGAGCAUCAUUGGUAACAUGGCAAUCGCGUGCUCAUUAGCGGAGCUUGCUUCUAUACACCCAACCGCAGGUGCUCAAUAUCACUGGAGUUAUUUCCUCGCACCUCGUGGACGACGCUUUAUCAGUUUCUUCCAAGGUUGGGUGACUGUCUUUUCUUGGUGCGCUCUCGUCGGUAUCGCGCCAUACUUCAUCGGAACCGAAAUCCAGGGCAUGGUUGUGCUGGCAAACCCUGAGUAUGAAAUGAAAAGAUGGCGCGGUACCUUGCUUAUGUGGGCAGUUGCGAUAGUUCCUAUUGUUAUCAACAUAUUUGCUCGUCGUGUUAUGGGGGCCAUUGAGGUCGCUGCGGGAAUCAUGCAUGUCGUCUUCCUGCCCGUCACUAUCGCUGUCUUCGUUUGCCUCGCCCCUCGGAACCCCGACAGCUUUGUGUGGAACACUUUCGUCGAGGGCUUGAGUGGAUGGAAGGAUUCGGGAGUUGUGUACUCCAUCGGUCUCCUUGGUGUCAUCACUCCCCUGGCCGGCGUCGACGGUAUAAUCCACAUGGCGGAAGAAGUCAAAAAUGCCAAAAUCGUGGUUCCCCGCUCUAUGAUAUACGGUACCCUAAUCAACGGAACCCUCGCAUUCGCCUACCUGAUCGCCACUCUCUACUGCAUGGGAGAUUACGUCGAAGCCCUGACCAGCCCAACAGGCUACCCCAUCAUAACAAUCGCCUACCAGGCAACCGGAUCAAAAGCAGCUACUUAUGUUCUUAUGGCAAUGGGCAUGAUGCCCGGCUGGAUCGCCCUCUUCAACGGGUUUGCUUCCGUCACACGUCUCACCUGGGCGUUUGCUCGAGAUAAUGGGCUUCCCUUUUCCGACUUCUUUGCCGUUGUCGACCCAACUUACAAAAUCCCCAUCCGAGCUUUGUUCCUGGUUUCAUCAUGCAUUUUCGCUCUAUCAUUCAUUCAAAUCGGGUCCACUGCUGCAUUCAACGCUAUUCUCUCCCUCAGCACGCUCGGUCUCUACAUUUCCUACCUUAUCCCUCUUGGCCUCCUUGUUUGGAAGCGUUUGACGGCACCCCAGGAUAUCCCACAAGGAAACUUUACUCUAGGGAAACUUGGGCUCCCCAUUAAUCUUGUUGCCAUUCUCUUUGCUACUUAUUUUUCUAUCUUCUUGCCAUUUCCUGCGACCCUGCCCGUUACAGCGGAGAAUAUGAACUAUGCCGGACCGGUACUUGGCUUUGUGAUGUUAUUCGCCUGUGUGGAUUGGGCUGUUCGAGGACGGCAUAAGUGGGAAGGCCCAACCACCAAAUCUUAUUCUCACAGCGAGUGA